AUGCCGCCAGCGGACCCAGACGCCGAGUUGUUGGCCCGCUUCGCCGCCCUCAAGGCGCCCGCGACCGCCCCCGGCUCAACCGACUCUGCACUGGCUGCAGCGAAAGCAGCCGCAGAUGCCGAGGACGCCUUCCUCGACCGCAUAGCGCGCGGUGACGAUCCGUCGGGGAAUCUGUCCAGCGACCACUCAGCCAAACCUCCACCUCCACCGUCCAGUCAUCCCUCCUCGUCAUUGGCCAACAGCCAAGCCGUGUCUGGCUCCGGAGGAGUUGACCAUGUCCCGCCGCGCACAGGCAAGCCGGGCACAGACGAGCCGGAUGCACAGGGUGGCGGCGCAGCCGGGGUAGGCGACGACGACGGCUCGUUGCUCAGUGCGAUUCGAAAUUCCUUGCAGCCGGGCCAAACCAGCCAGGAAACUCCAUUUUCGAAUGCUUCUGGCGGCACUCAACCCCGCGGUGAUCGCGGCACUGGCAUGCCUGACGAGGAUGAGAUUGCAGCCCUGCGGAGAGAUUUGGAUCCGGAGAACGACCGCAGGCGCGACCUGUCGCUCGAGAUUAACGAUGCGCUCAAGGUUGCCGACGGAGCCAGGCGCAGGGCGUCCCUGUCGCGUGACCGUGCACUGGAGGGCCUGGAGGCUGACACGGAUGAACCAGAGGAGACAGAGGACGAGAUCAUCCAGCGUGCCCUCGAGGAGGCAAGUUUGGAGGCGCAGACCGAGUCGGCUGCCGCUAAGAAGCGUCAUGACGACAGUGGUGGCGACAGCGAUGACGGGGACGAGGCCGCGGCCGCCAAGACCGACGUUACGACGAGCUCUGGUGACGGCGCCGCCGCGCUGCUGAGCCUGCCGUCGCUGUCGUCGCUCCCCGACCCGCCGAGCGAUGACGCACCUCUCAGCGCCGAGGAACAGGCGCGCAUGGCCGCCCUGCUGGGAUUGAAGGGCCCAAGCGCCUUCCCGGCGGCACCGAAGAAGGCGCCGGGCGACGGGCCGGGACCGGCGCCCACGUCCUUCCCAGGCAUGGACGGGGCACGCGACGCGGACCUCGACAGCUGGUGUGGUGAGUAA